UUACCGGUUUCCUCUCUUCCUCCUUCUCUUGGUAGCGAGAUCAACGCCCUUGAUACCGGUUAUUUUAAAAUAAACUUGUUAUUUUUAAACGAGUCAUCAGUUACCGCAAAAUAACCAGUUUCUUAACAGUCAGUUUUGUAUAUUACUGAUAUCAAACUCUUUAUACUAGCUGUUGAGGUAAUUAUAAACAUUUCGCAAAAUUAUAAGAAACACAAAUGUCUAAACAGGUAUUUUCUCCAGGCCAUUCUUUCUUCUUUUUUUUUCGGCACCUAACCUUUCGGGAAUUGUUCAUUAUAAAGACGCUUCCAUAUCAUUCAAGUUGCCCCUCUUUCAGGAAGUUAUACCCUAAUCGAACUCACGAAUCCCGUGAUUUCUUAAACAGGUCAUCUUGCUAUUUAUUAGCUAUUAUUCUGCAUAGUAAUCAGUCCUUUGAUCCUACUCACAUGCUUGUCGAGGGUAGUACAACUUUGCCAACUUGGGAGGCCGAAGUGCCCAGAAAGGAGUUUCAUGGCGUAAGUUGAGCCAUCAAAAUUUUUGAGGGAGGUACAUUUUGACUGGGUUUUGAAUUUUCGAGAGGGGCACAUUUCGACGGGGCUAUGAAUUUUCGGAGGAAAAAUCUUCCAACCACAAAGUUAGGAGAAAAACAUGGGACAGGCAACAGCAAGAGUAAUUGUUUAUGAUCUACGAUAUUUCUAAUUUCCAUUUUUGCUCGCACUGUUUUUAAGAAGAGUAGAAUAAUAUAAUUUUUGGAGAGGAGGGAAUGGUUCCUGCGCCAUCGACCUUGGGCAGGGGAGCACAUCUGUUGGAAGAAAUGUAAAACAACAAGAUGAUAGGAGUCACUGGCGGAUCUAGAAGGCAGGAAGAGGUCUUUUUGGCUGAACCAUCCCAAAAUGGAAAUUGGAAAUUAAGUGGUUCAUUUCCAUAUGAGUGAUCUUGGAUAAAUACGUAAAUGAUCACCAUAUAAUAUUAGUUUAAAAUUGUAAUGCAUAAAAAAACCUGUACCACUUCAAGCCAUGAAGGGUCUUGAGUUUAGUACUUUGUAAGGACUUCUGUUUGAAGACCAACGGUUGUACAGGAAGGGUGAUCGGGACGGGAUAAAGCUCAACCACCCUAUUUACCCCCUUAAUUAAUUAUUUAAUUAAGAUUAUCCACUUUAUAGAGGCUGAGUGCGCCACAGGAGGGUCUAACGACUCCAGAGUCGAUCUGCGACUGAUGAUAAAUUACUUGUCAUCAACCUGCUUUGAACCCAAAGACCAUGAAUCUUAGAAGUCAUUACCCACUCACUUUAUAAUGCAUAUGCAGCUGCUAAAUGUAAGCACAUGUUAUGAAAAAAUAUAAGAAAUUGAUCUCUAAAAGAAUUAUAAUUCCAGUAAUAUCUUUUUUUAUAUUUUAUUUAUUUAUUUUUUGCCCUUAAUGACCAAUUAAAUAAUUUUAAUAGUUAUUUUUUUCUUUUUCUUCAAAAGUAUUGCCAUUAUUAAAGAAUAAAAAAUUAAAUUCUGGAUCUGCUACCGAUUUGGGUAUGUUAACAUUAAUUGUCAAUAUUUGAAAAACUAAAAAGGUUGAAAUAAGCAAAAAAAAAAAAAAAUGGAGAUUUUUUAGAAUUAAAUAUUAAAAAAAAAGAAAUCCACUGUAGAAAUCAGAAAAUCCUGUCUAUUCUAAGGAAACGUACUUCCACAUCUACUUAAACAUCUUGGUUGAUAAGGAAAUUGACUAGAACGAAUAAUUAAGCUUGGAACAGUAUCGGUUUGCUUUCAUCACACAUUGCAGCUCCUGGCACGUAGAUUUGCAUCAAUGUGUAUCAACAUCCAAAACAAUUUUAGUUUUGUUUUAGUGGUGGAAGACACCUUACUGCUUAAAGUUUAAAUAUUUGUGGAUAUCAAUAAACCUAAUCUCGGAAAAUAUUGUGUGUGUACUAUUCUAAAAUCUGUCUGGGCUUAAAAGCAAAACUUAGGGUUUCAGAAAAAAAAAAAAAAAAAAAAAAAAAAAAAAUGUGUCUCCUUUAUUAAUCUUUCUAUACAGAAAAAUAAAUAAUAAUCAUGAAAUCUUGGCCAUAAAAAAGGGCUUAAAUAAAACAAGUUUACUAUUAAUGAAUAAAUGAUCCAGAAUAUUAUAAAUUUGAUGCAAAAAUAAACAGAUAAAGUUUUAAAAAUAUUAUAAAGACUGUCAAUGGUAAAAAAAUCCUCAGUAAACAUUCAUUCUUUUUAUUCUGCUCCUGUUUAGAUAUUAUUUAUCAAAUUCCAAUAUAAUCUGUCUGUUGGUAUUAAUUUUUUCUUUGUUUUAAUUUUCUUUAUUCAUUAAUUCUUCUUUUUCUAGUAUUAAUGUGACUGGAGCUGUUUAAAAGAAAUAUGGGAGUACUUUUGAAAUUAUCAUGCUGCUUUUUGGCAGUAGCACUGUAUAAUGCAGAUUUCGUACAUGCAAAGAAAACUACGGUGCUCUGUUACAUAGCGGCAUGGGCCUCUACCAGAGUGCACCAAGGAAGGUUUACUGUAAGAGAUGCAGAUACACAACACUGCACUCACGUUGUAUAUGCAUUUAUGGCAAUAAAUGAAACCACCAGUGAAAUACAAAGCGUCGAUAAAUAUAUAGACCUUGAUAUGGGAGGAAAAGGAAGAGGUCAGCUAAAAGAACUGAGAGUUCUGAAGACCUUUAAUCCAAGCAUAAAAGUUCUUGCCAGUGUUGGAGGAUAUUCUGAGGGUUCAAUCAAGUUUUCCGAAAUGGCAAGAAGUUCUUCAAAGAAGACAACUUUCAUCAACAGUCUUAUAAGAUUCAUAAGGGAAUGGGGAUUGGACGGCAUCGACAUCUGUUGGCAGUUCCCUGGUCAGAGAGGAGGAAGAUCAAGUGACAGGCAAAAUUUUAUAAGCCUUUUAAGGGAUAUAAAAAGAUUAUUUCAGCCCGAAGGUUGGUUACUCACUGUCCAUAUCAUCGCAAAACGUUCUGUAAUAAAUCUAGGCUACGAUGUGAGAUCUAUCUCAGAGAUAGUUGAUUACAUCAACUUAGCUGCUGUGGAGUAUCAUGGGCCAUGGGACAGAACUACAGGAAUCAUGGCUCCUUUGACAUCAGAAAAUGAAAAUAAUGUUAACUUUAUGGUUAAUUAUACCAUAGCUAAAGGAGCAGACCGCAGCAAAAUAUUAUUAGGUCUUCCGACCUACGGCCAUGCUUAUGUGGUUGAGGAUACAAUUAAAAGAGGUCAAUAUCUUAAUUUAGUCUCUGAUCAGACAUUUUUGUCACAGUUUACAAACGAACAUGGAAUAAUAGCAUACAAUGAGAUUUGCUAUGAAAUGAAAACAGGCGAUGGUUGGAAUGAAGAAUGGAAUCAAGAUUCAAGCACACCAGUUGCUUACAAUGAUAACAGAUUCGUCAGUUAUGACAACAAGAGAAGUUUACUUGAAAAGGCGAGAUUAGUCAACACAUAUCAACUCGGAGGGAUCAUGCUGUGGUCACUAGAUAUGGACGAUUUCCUUGGCCAAUGCCACGAUAAACCGUACCCUUUGCUUUCUGCUGUCACUGAUUAUCUCGACCAUGAGGAUGGAUCAUCUUCUAAUACAGAUAACAGGAACAAAGAUAAACCACCAAAAAAGAAAGUUGUAAUAAAUCAAGAAUAUGGUAAAAAAUGA